GUAACGUUUCCACCCACUGCUGUUCUUCCCUUGACAACGCCUUUCAACGUCACCUACCGAAACUUGAAGGAACUCACCUGGCUGCCUGGGAAAAGAGACAGGGACGAGCAGGACGAGAGGAGAAACAAGUCCACUAACUGGAGUUGUCAGGUCCAACCAUGUGAACCAGCUGAGUGACCUGCUGGUUUUCAGGAACAUUUGCCUUUUUGACCCGUGUCUGGUGCGUCUUUAGGACACUGCGGUUUCGGUAUUACAAAUUAAAACUUAGAGACACUUCCGGGUUGGGACUUUUCCAGACUGAGGACUGUACCGUAUGGACUUACAGCAAUCCAGCAUGGACAUUGAGAUGCAGACAGUUCGGACGAAUGGGGACCAUGGACCUGGAUAUGAACAGGUGACAGCAGGUAAUGGAGAAAGUGUGACCUGCACGGACCCUGUUGCAACAGAGACAGAUGUGUUGUUGGGUGUACAGACUGACAGUCCUAAUGGGGAGACCAUACACUCUGGAGCAGCAGCGUCUCACAGGAACCAAGGAGAUACUUCUGGGGAGGUCAACAGUAGUAAUGGGCAGAUGUUACUCCCUGGUGAUAAUGCAGAAUCUCAAAGGACCCCAGGAAAAGCUUCUCAAGUGGUUAUGAGAAUUAAGAGAGAGCUAAACGAGAUCAUCUUCUGGAAAGUCAGACUAUGGAUGGCCAUCAUCUUUAUCUUUCUUCUCAUCUUUGCUGUGAUUAUAAUUUCGCUGGUAGUAUGUUCAGCAAUCCAUGAGGAUGUGGAUGAGAAAUACGACCCAUCGUUGUUCAACUUUCCUCUGUUUUUCAACGGGAGCUUCCAGCUCCCCAACAAGGUCUUCAACGAAACCCAAACACUCGCAACUGACCUGCAGGACAAGCUUGCUGACCUCUACAGAUCCUCACCGGCUCUCGGACGGUUCUUUUCAGACGUUGAGAUACAUGCUUUCAGGAAUGGAUCAGUCAUAGCUGACUACCAGCUGAAAUUUCUCAUGCCUGAAGAACAACAGGGUCAGCUGAGGCGCUUUAUACUGAGCAGGGAAAUGGUGUUCAAUGUGUUCAGACAGUUUCUGUAUGACCAGGAGUCCGAUGAGUCAGAGCCAAUGUAUAUCAACCCAGUUUCCCUUGUCAUGUUUUUAAGACAAUAGUCUUAAAUGUUCACAAACACUUUAAAUUCCCUGUGUCUUUUUGUCUUUGUCAUUGAUGGGAGACCUCUCACAAACACUAAGCCACCUCCAGUGAGGUGAGUGUUUGUAGCAUAUGAUCUGUGGGAUCAUUCCUCUGUGGGGUUCUCUCGUGAGUCCAUACAGAAGUUGCACAUGAUACAGCUUGACCACAGGAAAUUACAUGACUGCCGUCACAUAAGCCCAUUAUGGCUGGAGGUCAUGCGGACGAUCUAAUGGUCUGAUCUGCUUAAUAGGCUUUUAAAGACUGAUCUUAAUUAAAUUCAAUCAGGAGUAGAGGAAUUGUCAGGUAAAAGAGAUAUUUGUGCACUGCCUUGCCUGAUUGUUUUAACCUGCAAGAGAAUGUACAGAAAAAUCUGGACUUUCCAGAAUAUAUUUACAGAAUAAUCCAUGUUUUAUUUGAGAUUUUACUUAGUGUUACUGUGCCUUGUUGAACUCCAAGUUCAAACAGCGUAAAGGUAUUGUUUAAAUGACACUGCUGAUCAUUAUUUAUCUGAUGUCCUAUCACUGUGAUUGUGU